AUGGAGGAGAUCCUGAAAAUUCAAAAGCCCAUCGUCUUCGACGAAUCUAUUGCCCAUUACGAGAUUCAUGCACAUCAGCCUUUUGCAUCGGCAACGUUCAACAACAACGAUGAAAUUCGCAUCGCGUCCAGCAUCAAGAUUUGUGCCUGCUGCCGAAUCCGCUAUGAAUUGAACGCCAUUGUGAUUGAUAGAAACAAAAAUGUUGGCAACAUGACACUGAUGAAGAAUUACGUGUCGCAAACUCCCGAUCAAGCUGCUCUUCUGGAAAAUGCUGGUUGGGUAGUCAAGGACAAUGAAUCAGCAAUUAUCGAUGCGAAUGGCUAUUUUGAUAUCUCUAUACCUUUAAGUAUGUUAUUGGGUUUUGCUGAGGAUGAUGAAAGGAUCAUUGUGAAUGCAAAACAUGAACUAAUCCUGAUACGAGGAAAUACCGACAUGAAUGCAGUCAUCCAAGCACCGGCAGGAGAAGCUGCUGCUGAAGCAUUCAGACUCUCACUGGAUAAAGUAGAGUGGAUGGUUCUCUACAUCAGGGAGACGUACGAGUAUCCACUUCUGCCAGCGACCUCUAAACACGUCUGGGUGGUGAAAUGCUCAACUCAACUGGAGAAACCUCGUUAUAUCAUCGCAGGAUUCCAAACGAAACGCAAAACUCAAACCAAUAAAAAUGCCAGUCAUUUCGAUCAUUGUAAUAUCCUCGACAUAAAGCUCUUCCUCAAUUCUCAAAGUUAUCCCUAUGGUAGCCUGAACAUUGACAUUCGUCAUAAUCAGUACGCAUUACUCUAUGACAUGUAUUCGAAUUUCCAAAGCUCUUACUAUGGCAAAGAGGCCGAGCCAUUAUUGAGUAAGACAGAUUUUCUCAUUGUCACUGAUUGUUCAAAGCAAAAUGAGUACUUGAAGCCCGGACCAGUUGAUAUUCGUCUUGAAUUCGAGUCUGAUCCUGCUCUCCUCACAGUGGGAACGUUUUACCGCAGAAGCACGUUCAUCUCCAUUAUUAACCCUCGAAGUACUGGGUACUGGUUCCUCUUCCAGAUGUUCUUCAGCACGAGGGAUCUCUGCGUCGCUCUUCGGUGA